AUGAACGCAACUACUUUACCACUAAGUACUCGCAUUACUCUAGCAUUUUUAAUGGGCUUACUAGCUUUUGCUAUAAUGCUAGGAAAUGCUGUAGUUAUUCUAGCUUUUGUGGUGGACAAAAAGCUUAGACAUCGAAGUAAUUACUUCUUCCUUAACUUGGCCAUUGCUGACUUCUUCGUUGGUAUGAUCUCCAUUCCUUUGUACAUCCCUCACACGCUGUUUGAUUGGGAGUUUGGAAGUAGACUCUGUACCUUUUGGCUCAUUGUUGACUAUCUUUUGUGUACAGCGUCUGUGUAUAACAUUGUUCUCAUCAGCUAUGAUCGAUACCAGUCAGUCUCGAAUGCUGUAUCUUACAGAGCUCAGCACACUGGGAACUUGAAGAUCGUGGCUCUGAUGGUGGCUGUCUGGGUGCUGGCCUUCUUAGUGCAUGGGCCAAUAAUUCUAAUUUCAGAGUCUUGGAAGAAUUCCAGCUUGAGGAUCUUGGAGAAGGAUUGUGAACCUGGAUUCUUUACCCUAUGGUACAUCCUCGCCAUCUCGUCAUUCUUUGAAUUCAUGGUCCCAGUCUUUGCCGUGGCCUAUUUCAAUGUGUACAUUUACUGGAGCCUGUGGAAACGUAGCAAUCUCAGUCGGUGGCAAAGCCAGCCCACACUCACUUCUCCUGUCUCUCCCAGUAACUGUGGGUCCUCACUCACAGGUAGACUGUUUCGAAGAACAUCUCUUCCGGAACCGAAGGAAACGGCACCGUCUGCUCCUCUGAAAAGGCAUGAAAGAAAGAGAAGCCUCUUGUAUUCUUUAAGAGCCCAGAUGAAUAGCGGUAUAAUUGCUUCCAAAAUGGCUUCCCUCACCCAUUCUGAUUCACUCUGUCUUCACCAAAGGGAACAUAUUGAACUGCUCAGAGCCAGGAAAUUAGCCAAGUCACUGUCCAUUCUCUUAGGUGUUUUUGCCUUUUGUUGGGCUCCCUACUCGCUGUUUACAAUCAUUCGUUCAGUUUACCCACUAGACCAGCAUCCUCACAUAGUUGGGUAUGAAAUCACAUUUUGGCUUCAAUGGCUCAAUUCCUUUGUCAAUCCUUUUCUGUAUCCCUUGUGUCACAAGCAUUUCCAGAAGGCUUUCUUGAAACUAUUUCCUAUGAAAAAGCAGUCCAUACCAUCACAGACUCGGUCAAUGUCCUCUUAA